ACGUAAUGACAAAAUUUCAUCUCAAUUCCCGCUCGCACAUUGUAGUACGCUGUUUAUAUGUGCAACAUGUGGUGCGAGUAAUCGACCCAAUUGCCGUUACACCAUUUGCGGUGACAAUUGUUUUCUCGCAAGGUGACAUUGAAACGGCGUGUGGGACCGACCACGGCUGGCCACGUUUGGAUGAUAUCCAAUUGUAAAUUACACCUCCGCAUCAUCGCUCUAUCCGUAUAACAUUUAUCGUUCCCGGUCUUUCCGUGGAUCCGAAGCUGCGCGAGAUGCGUCAUUACGCUUUCGUCCGGCAAGGACGGAAUGAUCGUCCUCAAAUAUCGGCGUGUGGUAAUUCAUUCGAUACGUGCGGUAAUCGGACGCCUCGGUAGCUAGUCCGGUUUAAUUUUUACGCAGGAGAAUUCUUGGAUCGUUGGAUCAUCGCCCUCCCCGUUCUCCGGAACGAAAGAUCUACAAGUUUUCUGUGAAACUCGUCUCUCAACGCCUGGAAAUAGGCAACCUUAGACGCAUACCGAACGCAUAGGAAUACGAAUUGUGAGAUCGGUUGUCUAUCCGCCGGCGUUAAGGGGCAAGUUUCACAGAAAACUCUCGCUCGGGCUAGACUUGACCUCUGAACCGUCGACUAUACUUGGCACGCAAGGACUGCAAAAUGUCCCACAACCACGAAACAACCAUCGGGUGCACGGUCGUUAAAGAGGAUAUUGAACCCGCAUUGCGAUGUUCCUGAGACGAUGAUUCAAUCGGCGCUCAACAACUGCUACUAAUUAACCUUCCUUGGUGCGUGUGGUUACUUAUACCUAUAUAUGCUUGCCAGACACCUGCGUCUCUACCUGUCGAGGAACGAAUGUUUGGUCGAUUUCCAACCACCUGAUCUGUCAGCCUAGGGUCAUGCCAAACGUGCGAUUCCGCAGUUCUUCGAGUAACAUGCAGGGAAAAGAAGCCAAGUUACCGCUAAGCUGGACGUACGAUAGCAGCGAAGUGGUCGAUGGUUUGGCGCGGAUUACUUUGUCCCAGAAUCAGCAGGAUGUUCUGGGUUGUCGGAUCAUGGAAGAGGUUUUCUUGGAGUACCCUUGGGCCUACGUUCCUCGGCAAGGAGUCGUCGCGUUGUUGCGGGACGACGAUUCCCAGCUCCUGGCCUUCAAGGAGGACAUCGACAAGUACGAGGGGGACUGCUUUCUGGUUGGUUACGCAUCGGCGGAGCUGGUCUCUUCGGAGUUUGUCAUCUGCUUGACCGAGGCGGCGAAACGAUUCAUCGAGAAACGUAACAAGGAGGUAAAACGGCGGCUGGACAAUCACGUGCGCGGCAUGUUCCACAAGACCCCGAAGCCCUGGGUGUCUGGAGGCAGCGAGAUCGAGGUAGCUGAAAACGUCGUGCGAAGACAGAGGCCGCUAUUCGAAGUUGAGAUAUCGGUGCCUUCCGUGCUCCUCGGGAACAACCGAGAGCUGACGGACCGGAAGUCGAUCGACGCGGAAGACACGGGCAUGGAGAUCGUUCCGAAACACGAGAGGUUCGAGCUGGUUCCAAUGUCGCGGCUGACUACCGCGGUACAGACCAACCUGCCGGGCCGGGAGACUGGGGUCCAGACGCAUUACGGAUUCCCUAAGAACGCCUGGACUCAGUACGGCUUUGAGUACCCCGCCUCGGAGGCAUCGGCCUCGGAAGUUCCUGGUGAGAUUGAAGAGGAAGUGGAGCAGGACGCUGAAAAGGAAGGCGGCUCGGGUGCUCAGUCUGAUCAGGAACGUCUUGCCGACGACGAGGAGCACGCCGAAAAACCGGAAGGCGAUGUCGAGCAGCCCGUGGAGGACGAGGCACCGGAUCCCGUUGACCUGUUUCUGGACCAGUAUGCGGACAAGGUGAUCGACGUGAUAGACUACAAUGCGGCGAUGAACCUCCACGUUCACGACAUCGACGAGCUCGUGCUGAAGGGCAAGGAGUCCAGACCCAGGGAGCAGGUAGUCUUCGAGGAGUUCAAGUCCUUCAUUGACCUCGGUCUCAUCGCCGGGAAAGUGGUGUCCGAUCUUUCCUGGCAUCCAACUUUGUCCGGGGUUGCAGUUGUCUGCUACACCGAGGUACCAAAGUGCGACCUUGUCCAGGGUCCGUCGGUCAUCAGGAACGCGAAAUCGUCCUUGGACCGUAACGAGUCCGUCGUCUUGGUCUGGUCCUUCAACGAUUCGAUGGCACCACGGCUGCGGUUGGAGCACGAUCGACCCGUCAGCACUGUGUCGUUCUGCCCAUUCAGAUCGGACGUCCUAGUAGCAGGGUGCGAAACCGGCCACAUCGCCGUAUGGGACUUUAAUGGUAAACUGACCAAAUGCAGCGUUGACAACUGCUGUGCGAAAGAACCGGAAGUCGGGCUGCCGAAUGGAACCAACAGCCGUCAAACCGUUCCCGCGAUAAGCUUGUCCGCAGUUUCUAACGACCUGCAAUCCCACCAUGGCGCCGUCAGAAACAUACAGUGGAUUCCGCCUUAUUAUCGCGUCGAGACUGACGGCCGACUGACCAGUCUAUCUGAUAACAAAACUGUCCAAUUCCUCACCGCCAGCGAAGACGGCUGCGUCGCGGUUUGGGACCUCUUGUGGGAACCUCGAGCUACGACAUCCUCGUCCCUCACUGAACGCGGGGGUUUUAAGCCACCGAAAAUUCUCUGCGAGGAGUUUUCCACUGGAACAUCGGAGUUCAAGAAGAUCGACGGACUCCUCAAGCCGAUUUAUUCCGUCUACAUGCAAGUACCGAAAGAGGUUCGAAACCUGCCGGUUAUCAGCCUUUUCAUUCAACCUCCACUGACCACCUACGAAGAAGUUCAUUCCGUGCACCGACCCUGUAGUGGGAUUUUCGAGUCGGAAGACGAUGAAGAGAGUUACUUCUCUACACGAACAUUCGAGCCAACAUUUUCCAGGGCCGAAAACGAGUGUCAGAAACAAUUUUGGGCCGGUUCUCCUGAGGGUGAUUUUCUAAGCUGCGCUUGGGAAGGUCACGAGUUCACGGAGGUCGCCUCCUCCGAAAAUUGCCGGUACCUCGAGUGGUCCCGGGUUCACGACGGUCCGAUCACCUGGAUCAGCCAGUCACCACAUUUGUCGGAAGCCCUGCUCACCGUGGGGGGUCGCGUAUUCGCCGUGUGGAAUCGGGACUUUCUUCAGUCUCCUCUGCUCCUGAGAAAAUCCCGGGAAGGAUACACAGCCUGCUGCUGGACCAGUAGACCGGGUGUUUUUCUCGUCGCCAGAAACAGCGGCGACGUCGAGACCUGGGACCUCUGCUCAAACACCCGCGAGUGUCUGGCCGUCCAGUGUAUUUCUGGGAAACGGAUCACCGGCUUGUAUCCCCACGUGAUACCGCUGGAGCCGAAUUUCGUCGGGGUCUGCGACCACAAUGGAGCCCUUCGAAUCUUCAAGGAACCGUCAUUUUUCAGCGAGGAUAAAUCGAGGAGAAUCGAAUGGCUCGCGGAAUUCGUCGCGAGGGAAGUGACGAGGAAGCGGGAGUUCACCGCUUGGGAAUCGAACUUUUUAAAGACCGAUCCGCACCGGUUGCAGAGAAAGGCGUCUAGGGCGGCAGACGAGGCGAAACGACGACACGAAGAGGCCAGGGCUAAAUUUCAGAAGGAACAAGAGGAACUGGCGAGACUCGAGGAAGAGAGAAGGGCUAGACUGGUUCCGAAAAGCAAAGCGGAAAAGUGGAGAGAGUCGGAUCUCGAGAGAAUGCGGUCUAUCCUGCUGGCCAAGAAGGGAUUUGAUCCUUGGGAGCUGGAAGCCACGAGAAAGCCGCUUGUUCAGCAGGAAGAGGAAAGGUCGAGGAAGCUGAAAAUGGCCGAGGAAGAGGUUAAACAGGGUGAAACCUACUACAGAGACGCAGUUUCUCUGAACCUUCCAAAAUUACCAGGGAAAAAGUCACCGGAUGAUUUCGAACCUCUUGUCUCUUUGCCCGAGGAAAUAUCCAUCGAGGAAAAAAGAACCCAGGGUAGGCUUCGGUAUGAAAUGAUUCGCGCUCGAGCCGAGAAGAAAAUAAGGGAAAAUCUGGAACCUCAUGCAGCACUAUCGCUGGGAGCCUUUGUUUCGUUUUGCGUGUUUACAUUUGAAACAGCUCUCGCAAUCAUCUGCAUGAUCCUUGCAUCGCCAGCGCUAGUUGGUGUCACCAGUUUUUUCCUUUUUGUUGUAUCGACGGCCUUCAUAGCUACUAUUCUGUGGACCUUCGUCUACCUUUUCUCAAUACGCGAGGCUCUCAAGCUUCCCAUCAAUUGGAUUCUUUCGGAACUCAUCAAUACCGGUAUCUUCACCAUAGCGGGUAAGUUGUUAAAUAAACAAUCAGCUACUGUAGCACAUUUAAGAAUCUUUAGCGUGGCCAUGAUGAGUGCGAACGGUUUUAAGAAGACUUCAUCGUCUGCCGUUCCUUCAAUUUCCAUUGUUAAUCAAGUUCACGAGGUACAGACUUUAAUCGUAAGAUUUUUCGAAUGAUUUAUCGAUCCUUAUCGUUAUCACUGUGUUAUUCAUUUCACCGAUAUCACUUCGAUCUUGGACGAUUAAACACAGUGGACGAUAACGUUCUAAGAUUAUCUUUGCAUUAUUCUUGCACGUUACAGACAAGGAAUAUAUGCAAACCGCCAUUCAGUCUUGGAUUAUCUAAAAAUAACAUUCCAACACUUUAGUAUAUUCCUUCUACGACGUUUAUAAUAGUUCCUCGUCUACAUACGUAGAACUACGGAAUUAAGUGGCCACGAGAAAGUGUCACGUAUAUACAUUCAUAAAACAGGUCGUUGCCACUUAUUCGCAUGCGGCUGCACCUUGUAUACGUGUUUUUGGAUAAAACAUGUAUGUAUACGUUGAAAAGCAGCUGAUGAUCUUUUAUUCAAACAUACCGGACUUUCUAGCACUUUCUAUGGUAAUUCCGUAGCAUAUGAUAAUGGACGAGGAAACGCGGUUGACGAAGCUGUCGCUUAGGUAUGUUGGAAAUUUUUUGUUUUUUUUUCUAAUAAUAUGGUGUAUUUCGUGUUU